AUGUCGACGCAUGUCGUCGUAAUCGCCUCGGACCUGCGUCGUGCCACGAUCAAAGUCACGCCAGGUACAUAUCUGAUAGAUGUUUUGCAGGAAGCGUGCAAGAAGCUCAGCAUCUCAAGCGACAAAUAUAUACUCAAACACAAGCAAAAAUCCGUCGACCUCACCGUUCCCUUUCGCACUUCGGGCCUCGUCGGCGGCGCGAAGCUCGAGCUCGUCCAAAAGUCCAACACGCCGUCGGCCGUGCAGAUUGGCCUGCAGCUGCCCCAACCGGAGGCCAAAGAAAUCCCCGGCGGCCGCCUGAUCAAGAAGCUGCCCUCCAACCUUACACUAUGGGGCGUGCUACGGCAACUGGAGAGCGGCGAUGCGAGCGCCGGGCGCAACAUCAACAUCACGGCGCGGGGCGUCGCCAAGACGAGCCCCGGCACGGAAUCGGGAGCCGGCCAGCUAUACUACGAGACGCCUAUUCUCAAUAUCAUGGGCCGCGACUACACGACUUUUCAAGACUUCCAGAAGACGCUGGCGCAGCUGGGACACAACUCGGGCAGCGUCUUAAUACGCUUGACGUUUAAGACGACAGACCAGACGCUUUUUGAAGCCAUGGAGCAGAUUGGCCAGUUUUUCAAAGAGACGAGAGAAGAACCAAGCGACCCGGCGGCGCAACCAGAAACACCAGCCACGGCUCAAGAAGCGCAACCUGCGCCGGUGCCGGUGCCGGUACCGGAUACCACAAUGACUGGCGCACCACCAGCUGCGCAAGAGACACCUGAGAUCGUGCCGACAGCUGCGCCCGUUUCGGAGUCCAAGGACCCCUUUGAGCCGGUCAGCGUCUAUCUGGCCCCCUCCAAUAGCACCCCAGCCGCGGCGCUGGCCCCUGCGGAAGAAUCCGAUUUCACGCCCACCAUUGCGCAUGCCAAGCUGCAUCAGAGCAAGUUGCAGCAAAAAGCCCGCAACAAGCGCCUCCUUUCGGACAAGGAGCUCGAAGAACAGGCCGCCGACCAGCAGGCCCGCGUCGCGUCCAUCAAGUCGGUCCUCGUCAAGGUGCGCUUCCCCGACAACACGAGCAGCGAUUGGCAGAUCGAUCACACCGCGACCGGCGCCUUUCUGCACAGCGCCGUGCGGCACGUCAUGGCGGACCCGACCUUGCCGUUCCACCUCGUGCUGCCGGGAAGCAGCGGCAAGAACGUGAUCAAAGACGACGCGGGGCCCAAGCACACCCUCAUUGCAGGUUACAAGCUGCAGGGCAGGGUGCUCGUGAAUCUGGUGUGGAACGACGAGGUGCCGCCGGCAAAGCGCAAAUUACCGUUCCUCGCGGCCAACGUCGCCAAGCAGGGCCAGGAGAUCAAGGUGCCGGAGAUGCCAAAGUAUGAGGCGGAGGAGCCGGUGCCGGCGCCGAAGAAAGACGAGAGCGCUGAGGGGAAGAAGGGGUCCGGAGACGGCAAGGGCUCCAAGGUGCCCAAGUGGCUGAAGCUGGGCAAGAAAUAA